UGAAAUGCAACACUCGGGCGAACAACAUACAAAAAUACCCUUAACAAGAUCAACGGAAAAUUUACGAAUGCCUGAUCAAGAAGAAGGUAAAAGAGGCACGACAUUAGCUGGCGGUUUACCACAAAAACUUGAGAUUGGCAAUGCAAAUGAUUUAUGGGAUUAUGAGGAAAUUUUGGAAAUAUUAGGUUUUGGCAAAGUUCAAUGGAUUUUAUUGCUUGUCAGUGGUCUAUUUACCAUGACUUCUAUGUCUGCUGUUUUAUCGGUUGGAAUUAUAGGCAUUGCCUCACAGUGUGAAUUUGAUAUAACACAAAGAGAAAGGGGCAUAAUGAUGGCGUCUUGUGUGACAG